GUAGUAGUAGUAGUAGUAUUAGUAGCUCGAACACGAUUUUCCAAUCUAACAUGUCAUGGACGGGUGGAGACACGACCCGACAGAUGUUCCUUAUGCAUCCUGGCUGUACGUGCUCGAUUAAUCUCUCCGGUGGUCGUUGUGUUGGAUGGUUAUCUCUUGUCUUGCAUGCAGCCAGUGUGUGUGAGUGGCAAGGAGGUUUCGGUUGUACCUUACUGUGCCUCGUUCCCCUUUUAGAGGGUAGCCAUUUUUUUUGACAAUUACAUCUUAGGAUGGUGCCCUGUAGAUGGGAAAGUGUCUUUGUUGUUCAAUUGACGAGAACAGCUAGAGAGAGAGAGAAUCCUUCCAGGGCUUAGUUAAGGGUUCAGUAGGUUGAUC